UCUUCCGGUUAAAUGUUGAUGAAGUUUCGAGGCACAUAAUCAUCAUCAAAGCUGCGACAUUUUCCCGAUUAUCUGGUCUGUUAAAGAAUGAACCCCGCGGCGGAAGCACAAGUUGUGGAGGAUGUGCAGGGAGACGGACGCUGGAUGAGUUUGCACAAGCGCUUCCUGCUGGAGGCCAAGGAGAGAGAGCCGGAGGUCGUGUUCAUCGGAGACUCGCUGAUCGCACAGCUGCAGCAUAUGCCCAUCUGGCAGCAGAUGUUUGAACCUCUCCACUGCCUCAACUUUGGAAUCGGCGCCGACCAAACCCAGCACGUGUUGUGGCGCGUACAGAAUGGGGAACUGGACAACAUGGAACCAAAGGUGGUGGUGAUGCUGGUGGGCACCAACAACCACGACCACACAGGGGAGCAGGUUGUCGGGGGCAUCGUGGAGAUUGUCUCAGCCAUACACACCAAGCAGCCCCAGGCUCAGGUCGUCGUCAUGGGCAUUCCUCCUCGCGGAGAAAACCGGAACCACCUCCGCGAGAAGAUCCUGCAGAUCAACACGAGCCUGGCAGAGCAGCUGAAGGGGAAAGGGAACGUCACCUUCCUCAACAUCGACGCGAGCUGGUUCGUGAACGCCGACGGCACGAUAACACAUCAUGACAUGCACGACUAUCUCCACAUGACGCGACGGGGGUAUCAGAAGAUCUGUGAGCCACUCCUGGAGGAGAUUCAGAACCUCCUGCAGACUUUUGUGAAGGUGGAGAGCACGUCCGUGGAGACGGUGUCCAUGGCGGGAGAGUUGGCCGGAGACAAGGCCUAGUCAUGGCUGCCAGAGUCUCGCUUCUGGAGUCACGCUUCCUUGAGAAUAUUCUUGGAUUCUUGGUUCCAUCGAGAUCUGGUUCCUGAAGAUUUGGUUCUUGGAGUCUUGGUUCCUGGAGAUAUGGCUCUUGAAGAUAUGGUUCUUGGAUUUUUGGUUCCUGGAGAUCUGGUUCCUGAAGAUGUGGUUCUUGGAGUCUUGGUUCCUGAAGAUAUGUUUCUUGGAGCCUUGGAAGCAGGAAGCAUGGUUCCUGGAAACCCAUUUCAUGUUGUUUAUCAUGAUAAGUUCUGGUUCUUGGGGUCAAGUUUCCCAGAAUCAUGGUUCCAGGAAUCACAGUUCCCAGAAUCACUGUGUCAGGCGACAAUUUUUCUUGGAAUCAGGGUUCGCAAAUCAAAGUUCCUAGAAUCAUGGCUCCUGGAAUCACCGUCUCAGGUCGACGUGGUUCCCGGGCACAUCCACUGGUGCACAUCCACUGGUGCACUGUUAAUGCUCUCUGUGUGUUCAAAUGCAUAUGUUUUCAGUGCGAGGGUGUUCGAUUAUAUGUGGUAGAGAAGCUUUGAAUGUGUCCAGCUCUAUAUCCGUUCAAAGUUAUUCUCCGAAGGGGAAAUACGGGGAAUUGGUGUACUAAAUGAAACCCUGGACUCUAGGGGUGAAACGAUACAGCAAGGCCACGAUACGAUACGUAUCAUGAUACAUCAGUCACAAUACGAUACAUGUCAUGAUACAUAAGUCACAGUACGAUACAUGUCAUGAUACAUAAGUCACGAUACGAUACAUGUCAUGAUACAUGUCACAAUACGAUACAUGUCAUGAUACAUAAGUCACGAUACGAUACAUGUCAUGAUACAUAAGUCACAAUACGAGACAUGUCAUGAUACAUAAGUCACGAUACGAUACAUGUCAUGAUACAUAAGUCACGAUAUUUAUGUCAAAUAGGAGAAAUAGGAGACUAAAAAUAUUUCAAAGCAGGUUCAAAAGGAAAAGCUAGCUGAAGACAUGUUUAGAAGCUGCAAUUUUAGUGAACUUGACACACCAAUUACAAUAAAUUUGCGAUAUUUGACUGACAAAGAUGCUGGGGUAAGGGAUAUAUUUUGCAAGUGUAUCGUCUUGUAUCGAUACAAAAAAAACGUAUCAUGCACAGGUGUAUCGUUUUGCCCCUGCUGACUCAGUGUUUGAAGUUAAGUUUGAAAGUCAAGGGGUCCUAUCUUUAACCGAGUGUUGGAGGUUAAGCUGAGAGUCAAGGGGUCCUAUCUUUAACCGAGUGUUGGAGGUUAUAAUGUGGCAGGUCCAAGAUUCUGGUACGGAAGCAGCACUCCUUUACGAUCCCCGGACCCGCUUGAAUGUCGAGCACUGCUGACAAUACAUACAGUGCUACAUUGUUCUACAUGUUUUACAGUUCUCUGUCAUUAUACCAUGUGUAUCACAAUACUGUGUUCUCUGUACGAUACCU